UGCUUUUUUUUUUACCACUUUUGAAUGUUCCUUGGGAAUUGGUCAGUGUCCUUUCAAAAUUCCAAGUCCCAUCUCCUGGACUUCACUCCUCCAGCCCAGGCUUCUCCUCCAGAUCAUGGAGUCUCCUCACUGACUCCUGCAUCAACUUUGGCUGGUGUGCCAAUCAAAAGGUUCCCUCGUGCCCAGAAAGCCAAGCCCCUUUCUCUCCACCCUUGAUUUUCUCAGCCUCUGUGUUUUUGAAGGCCUGCCAUAACACACAGAUCUCCUUGUUCCCUUUGGGGAAUUUUCCAUUCUCUUGUCCUCCAUAGAUAAUCUGGAGAGGACUGAUUUUACCUAGGUUGCUGCGACACCAUUGCUCUGCUUGGGCAAGGUCUGUUCGGUUGUCGAUGGUCGCUAGUGACUAUUACAUUCAGAGGUAGUCGGCCAGGUCCCACUCCCUCUCUCAAUAGCACAAGAAAUGUGAUGGAAGAAUAUGGAAAAGACCACCAUACAUGCCUAAUGCAGUAUUGCCAACGUUUGUGAGUUUUGUGCAAGUGACAGGAUUUCAGAGAUGUCUGGAGCUCAUCUUGUAAUGAUGCAAGAAGCUCCAGUCCCCUCACAAAGCUCAGCCUCACCAGAAGCCAGCAGAGUCUCUCCUCUCCGCUUGCCGUGCUCACAGGGGAAGGAGGGAGCAAAGAGCUCCACAGCUCAGUGCAACCCUGCUUCCUCGUCCCCCCUCUCGUACUGUGAGAAAAAUGGACAGGGCAUCAUUUCUGCUCCUCCUUCUCCCCUUGUAGCACCUGGCCCAGGACGGGACAGAAGGGGGUGAAGAGCCCCUGGAGCUUACCCCUCAUAGCAUGACAGGAACUGGGACCUGGCAUGGGAGAGAGAGUGAAGAACCCCAGGAGGAGUAGAGCACACUGUGGGAGACUGAACAUGAGGGAUGAGGCGGAAUUGAUGGGGACUGGGUGGGGACAGAACUGAUAAAAUGGCUGGGGACAAGAUUAACUGCUAGCCAGGGGAUGACCAGAUGUUGCGGUGAGAGCUCCUGACCAGAGGGUCCACAUCACCUUACCUAAUACAUUUGGGAUUGUGGGCAACACUAAUUGUCGCACCCAGACUCAGAAUGGGCCGGGGCAGUUCAAUAGUCAAAAGGCACACUGAAAAAACACAUCAUCAUCUUUUUUAAACAUCUCAUGAUUUUUUGGGCCAAUCUCAAGAUUUUUUUGGAGUCUGAAUCAUGAUUCUGGGUUUGAAUCACUGAGGUUGGCAAUGCUGAUAACCAUACACAGAGUUCAUAAUAUCAAAUAGCAUUCAUAAGCUGUACAUAGAUUGCCAUAUCAUCACAGGUGCCUACUCAGACAAAACUCCUAUUGACUUCAAUGGAAGCUAUGUUGAAGGACUAUGGGAUUUCACUGUGCACUGAUAUAUUUCAUUCAGGGCAGAAUCUGAGGGCUGCAGACUUUCCAGAUUUAAUUUAAGAACACGAGCCAGUAAAUUACCAUUGCAAAACACACUGUUUGUUCUACUUUCCCAUGUGACAAUCUUGAACACAUUUGUUAUUUUAAUCAAAUUGGCAGAGAUAAAAUGGGGUAUAAAGGACAGAGUGCAGAAACUAGUGCUGUGGCUCACACUACUUCAUCCAGCUGUUAUAAAAUGCAAGCCAUUCCUAUUCUCCUUUUGGUUGGCUUAACCUAUGUCUCCGCAGUCUUUGGUAAAAGAGAAAUCAGCGCUAAUGGCACUUUCUCAAACAGAAAGUAUUACAGCUCAAUAAAUGUCAGUAAUGGAGGACCUUGGGGCACUUGGACAUGGAUUGAUUUGUGCCCAGAACAUUUCUAUGCUACGGGAUAUAGUGUAAAGAUGGAGGAGUAUGGAGGAGCUAGUGAUGACACUGCACUAAAUGGGAUCCGUUUAUUUUGCAUAAAAAACAACAAUACGAGUAGUGCUGUCUAUACCGUUGAAUCUGAUUCUGGAAAGUUUGGGCAAUGGUCAGGAAUCACUUGGUGUCCAACAGGGUUCCUAACAGCCUUUCAGCUGAAAGUUGAAGUUCCACAAGGAAUUUUAGACGAUACAGCCGCUAACAGUAUCAAAUUCCGCUGUAGCAGUGGUGCUAUCAUAGAAGGAACAGGCGGUAGCUUUGGUGAUUAUGGUGGAUGGAGUAAUGCCUGCACAAGAGGUGGAAUUUGUGGCAUUGAAACCAAACAGGAACCAUACCAUAAUGCUUUUAUUGAUGACACAGCGCUCAAUGAUGUUCGUUUCUUCUGUUGUGACUGAUUUCUAUUGUUGAAUGUUAUUUUCUGGGAUUUCCCAAAGGCUGACACCUGGCUUGUUCUGAGCAGAACAUUCUGUUAUUUUCAGCCUUGUGCCAAGCCCCACUGCAAAGUCAAUUUGCUCUAAAUCUUAGUAAAAGUAACAUUCUCCGUCUCUUUUUAAAAAGUCAGCAAUAAAUUAGGUUUCAAUAGUGAUGCGCUGCUCCCUUAAUGACUGUAUGAAAGCUGCGAUUGAUUGAUAUGGAAAUGAAUUGUGAGCCAAUCUAAAGGAAAGCCAGGUAGUUAGGAAAAGGCUCCAUCCUGCAAUCACCUCUCUGUCUUGCCAAGCUUCUCCCCCUCCUAUUUUGGAAGCACUUGAAGGUGUCAGCCCUAUUUGAUUUCAUUCCUAAUUUAAGGACUCCAGGUAAAGUGUUCAUGCAAGUCAGACUGUCUGACACAGGCAGACUGACACUAUAUUCCUCAUAUUAUAAUAAUUGCCGUUAACUUCAGUGGGAGACUUGAGGUCAGAAGGGAUGCACGAUCACGUUCCCAGUAAAAGAACCUUGAUGAGUUACUUUUGAGGAUCAUCUACGAGACCCAUGGUGAGUAAGGGGCUAUAGGAAUCCUCUGGUGUAGAGUCAACAGUGUCAACACUCUUAUUCUUUAAAGUAGCUAGCAGCAGAUGCAGGAAAAGGAAGCAGACACCAAUAUGCUCUUCUUACGUAGCUAUAAAGUCUUGUGCAGCUGAAGUCCUUUCAUUUUCUGCUUUCAAGUUUUACAACUUGAGUGAUACUUUGCUUUAGUACAUUAAUUCAUCUCAAUGUUUUAUUAGCCAAAAUUGAAUGCCUCCAAUAAAUUCCAUGUCAAAAUA